AUGCCCCCCCCCGUGACCCCUGCCCCGCUGCCCCCCCCGCCCAUCACUACUGAAGAUGCUGAUGCAUCAACCGGUGGUGAUGUUGGGGCGCCGCAGCCGGAGCAGCGCCGUGCCGGCACCCGCCCGCGCUCACCCGACUCGUUCGAGGUCGAGAGUGAGGACAAGCGCCCGAAGGUCGCUUCCUCGUCCUCAUCUCCCUCGGACGAGUCCAGCUAUGAGGACAGCGUGUCGGAGUCGAGCAGUGCAGAGUUCGCUGCACUGCUCCGCCCCUCCGCUGCACCUACCUCACCCCCGCUGCCGUCCCUCGCAGAGGAACUAUUGGCGGACAUUGGUGUGGGCGCACUUCCGGACGUCGCGCCCACGUCCCCCGUGGGCGUGACGACUGGAAUUUUUGGCCAGGGCUCCUCAAGGGACCCCCGCACCAGGCGCGCCCAACCCGCUUCACGCGCCCCGCCAUCUUCCCCUCGCGCCUCACCCCCGAAGGUGCAGGGGGAAAAUACUGUGUCGCCGGGUAACUCACCGGGCCCCACUCAGGCGUUUCCUGCAGCUUCAACGCCGUGGUUUGAGGCCCUGAGGUCACCGGCUCCAUUUCCCCGGAUGACCACCUCUCGGACCAGCCCAACUUCGCCCCCAGAAGACGCCCCCGCCGCCGCCACAAGGCGACAAGAGCACCCGCCGCUGGUGAUGGAGCACCUCCCACUUCAGGGCGCUGACUCCACGUCUUACGUGUAG